AUGUCACUUACACAAGCAUACCAGUCUGGUCAAGCCACUUCUUUGGCCGUAUACAAUCUACCCACCUCGGCAGACGAAACAGAAGUUCAGUCGAUAUUCCCUUCGGCCAGGUCAGUCAACUUCGUACGAAGCCAUUCUGUGUCUUCGCAAUCUAAAGGCAUGUGCAUCUUGCAAUUCAACAAUGCUCGUGACUGUCAACAAGCCUACGAUGAAUGUCUUCAAGGAAAAGAAAUUGGUGGACAGCUUCUGCAUGCGGAACUGAACGGAGAUUAUCAUUCCAGUUCGUCAGAAAAUUUAAAUGUCAGCCAGCAUUAUGGAGGCAAUUCCAGGGAUUUCAGACGUUCACAUGCCGAUAAUGAGUACAGCCAGCCCACAUAUGAUCCGCAUGGUAGAACUGAUAGUGAAAGUUCUUCCAACGCUUGUACACUCACCGUGUCAAAUCUUCCCUAUACAGCAUCUGAAAGAGAUAUUAUGCGCGAGUUCCCGGAAGCCCUCCGAGUAGCACUUUCGUUAGACGAGCAGGGACGUUCCAGAGGCGUUGCUCACGUGACUUUCUCGAAUUCCGACCAGUGCAGCGCCGCUCUUACUUCCUGCGGAAAUAAGAUGAUGGGUGGUAGGCCUGUGCGUGGACGAAUCCAGAGAGACCAGGAGCACAAUCAACAACCGGGUUAUAACAAUCAACGCUCUUAUAAUCGUGACCAAAGAGAAUACGGUCAACGUAAUCAACGCGAAUACAAUCAGCGUAAUUUCAAUAAUCGAGAUCACACCAACCAGCGUGAAAACGGUAACCAGAGAGAUGGCAAUCAACGUGAGUACAAUCAGCGUGAUUAUAGUGGUCAACGUGACUACAACAGACAAGGUAGGCAGUUCGACUACAAUUCAGGCAGAGGCGAAAGAGAUGUAAACCGUUUCCAAGGUGCUCCAGCUAAUCGGGGCGGGUCACGCGAGUUUGGUAGAAAUGACCGCUUCGAACGAACAGAUCAAAGACGAGAUCGCAGCCCAGCCAGAGGAGAGCCAGUUCGUGGGUACGGUAGCUCAAAAGGACCCCGAAUAACAUCUGCCGUAAUUCACCGUCCAGGAAAUGCCAGCCCUUCGGAGUCGUCCUCUUCAGAUGAGGACUAA